ACGUCACACGUGUAAAUUUGAUCUAAAAAAAUGUCCACAUUCAACCACUAGGCUGCCGUGGAUUAACGCAUGAGAGAACUGUGUGAUUAUUUUACAAUAAAUAUGAGAAAUAAUUGAGGAUUUGGUUUGUGUUUCAGCAUCAAGAUUAGACGUAUCAUCCUCAAUAACCUUGGCGUCGAUCGGAUCCUCCGUCCGACCUACAAGCCCCUGAUAUUCAGCAGGGCUGUCUGCCAUUGCGCAGCAGCAGCCAACUAGGUGAAGGUGGAAAAUCCACCAGGAGGAAGGAUGCUGCACUAGUCAGUCGGGGUCUGUUUCUUCUGUCAACACGUCCAGUAUUUUCUCUUCCUGCACAGUGAAACCUGCUGGACGCCGCCGUCCUUUGCACCAGCUCCCCCACCGUGGUCCGUCUCAGAUAUAUUGUCGCCCCCCCCUCCUUAAUCUCCCAGAUUGUCGGCGACUUGCUGCAGUCGGUGCUGCAGUUCUGAGCCGCUCCUGCACCGGGACAGCUGACUCAAUGAGAAAGACAUGCUCGCAUUCGUGUUGGUCUCUGGGUCGCUCUGGAUUUUAUUAGAGCUGAGUUCCACCCUGAUGGAGAAGAUGCAGGCCCAGGAGAUGAUGAGCGGCCUGAGGAUACCGGAGAUGGACGAGCUCGGCCAGUUCUUCCGCUCCCUGCCCACCUCCACGCUGGUGGGCAUCGGUGCUCUGACCGCCGUGCUGGCGUACUGGUUGGCCACCAGACCCCGUCCCAUCAAGCCUCCCUGCAGCCUGCUGCACCAGUCCGAGGAGGUGCCGCAUGAAGACGGGGGUCGCAGGUCAAUGAUGGGCGACCCCUCCAAACUGCUGACCCAUUACCAUGACGACGCCAGGACCAUGUAUGAGGUCUUCCAGAGAGGCCUUCAUAUAUCUGGUGAUGGACCUUGCUUGGGCUCGCGGCUUCCUAACCAGCCUUACAAAUGGAUGUCCUACAAAGAGGUGACAGCCCGGGCGGAGCAUCUGGGUUCAGGCCUUCUGCACCAGGGCUGCCAGCCCAACCCCAACCAGUUCAUAGGAGUGUUUGCUCAGAACAGACCCGAGUGGAUCAUCUCUGAGCUAGCCUGCUACACCUACUCCAUGGUGGUGGUUCCUCUUUAUGACACACUAGGUGCAGACGCCAUACGGUUCAUCAUUAACACCGCUGACAUCUCCACAGUCAUCUGCGACAAACUAGAGAAAGCUCAGGUGCUUUUGGAGAACGUGGAGCGGAAGGAGACCCCCGGCCUGCGAAGAAUCAUCCUGAUGGACGCCUUCGACUCUGCCCUCGUGGAGCAUGGCAAGAGCUGUGGCGUCCAUGUGCAGGCCAUGCAGGAAGUCGAGGCUCUGGGCAGAGAGCACUACAGAAAACCUAAACCACCAGCACCAGAUGACCUGUCCAUUGUGUGUUUCACCAGUGGAACCACAGGAAACCCAAAAGGAGUCAUGCUGACCCAUGGCAACGUGGUGGCGGAUUUCUCAGGCUUCCUCAAAGUAACAGACAAAGUCAUUUUCCCCAACCAGGAUGAUUGCCUCAUUUCCUUCCUGCCACUGGCUCACAUGUUUGAGAGACUGAUCGAGUCUGUGGUGUACUGCCAUGGAGGACGGAUCGGGUUCUAUCAGGGCGACAUCCGUCUCCUCCCAGACGACAUGAAGGCCCUGCGGCCGACCAUUUUCCCCGUGGUGCCUCGACUGCUCAACCGCAUGUACGACAAGAUCUUCAGCCAGGCCAACAGCCCAUUGAAGCGUUGGCUGCUCAACUUUGCUGCCAAGAGAAAAGGUGCUGAGGUCAGCAGCGGGAUCAUUCGCAGUGACAGCAUCUGGGACAAAAUCUUCUUCAGUAAGAUUCAGGCCAGUCUGGGAGGAAGGCUGAGGAUGAUUAUAACAGGAGCGGCUCCUACCUCACCCACCGUCCUGGGAUUCCUCAGAGCAGCUCUGGGAUGCCAGGUGUACGAGGCAUAUGGCCAGACAGAGUGCACAGCUGGCUGCACCUUCACCACACCUGGAGACUGGACCCCAGGUCACGUUGGGGCUCCGCUGCCAUGUAACCUCAUCAAACUGGUGGAUGUUCCUGAGAAGAACUACUUUGCUUCAAAGGGAGAGGGAGAGGUUUGUGUGAAGGGACCAAACGUGUUUAAGGGCUACCUUAAAGACCCGGAGAGAACAGCAGAGACGCUGGAUGCAGACAGCUGGCUGCACACCGGAGACAUCGGCAAAUGGUUACCUAACGGCACACUGAAGAUCAUUGACAGGAAAAAGCACAUCUUCAAGCUGGCACAGGGUGAAUACAUCUCCCCCGAGAAGAUCGAGAACAUCUACAUUAGGAGUGAACCUGUGGCGCAGCUCUAUGUUCAUGGAGAUAGUCUGCAGUCCUGUUUGGUUGGAAUUGUGGUUCCUGACCCUGAGGUUAUGCCUGAAUGGGCCAAGAAGAAAGGCAUGUUGGGCACCUACAAGGACCUAUGUAAAAACACGCAAUUAAAGAAGGCAAUCCUUGAAGAUCUGGUGCGUUUGGGCAAAGCCAGUGGCCUCCAUUCUUUUGAGCAGGUGAAGAACAUUUACAUCCACAAUGAGAUGUUCUCGAUUGAAAACGGCCUCCUGACUCCGACACUAAAGGCCAAGAGACCGGAGCUGAAGGAAUUCUUCAAGGCGAAGAUUGAUCAGCUCUACAGCAGCAUCUCCAUGUGAAAGCCGGUGAACCUCAUUUUCCUCCAAGCAUCCCGACUCUACAAUCUGCUUCGACCAGUGACCUGCUGUGGGACAAAGACGUGUCACCUGAGGCUUAACAUGCUUUUGAGAAGCAAACCAAAACUGGCCCAACUGUAGAGGAUUUGAAAUGCCUAGAUAAAAACAAAUUAAAGCAAGAAAAUGAAAUACAA